AUGGACGAGCCGCUUCCCAAUCCGCCGCCGGAGCUCAAGACGGUGCUCCCCUUCGUGCAGCGCGCUAACGAGCUUCGCACCGCUGAUGCCGUCAUCGCCUACUGGUGCUGCUACUACGCCGCUCAGCUCGGCAUUUCCUCGCCCACCACCGAUACAGCCGCCAAGAUGUACCUGCUAACGCUCAUGGAUACGCUGGAAUCGCUCAAGGCCAAACUCGCCGACAACGACGCUGUCACCAACGACGCUGCCAGCGCAGCCUACGUGGAGAACUUUGCGCUCAAGGUAUUCGUCGGCGCCGACAACGAGGACCGUGCCGGCAAGGCGACGAGGCAAACUCCACGAAAGUUCCUGGCUGCGAGUCACUUCUUGGAGCUGCUCAAGAUCUUUGGCACCCUCGAGCCCGAGACGGCGGAGAAGAUCAAGUAUGCCAAGUGGAAAGCAGCCGACAUUGCAAAGGCGUUCAAGGAGGGGAGAAAGCCCACAGCGGGACCGGCAGGAGGCGAUGCAAAGGAGGAAGAGGCGAAGCUCGAGACCGCGAUGGGACCAGCGACGGACAGCAAGGAGGAGGCAGAGUAUCUGGCGAGAGAGAUGGCCAAGUUGACCACUGCAGCUCCACAGGAAGGUGCAACGGCAAAUACGCCGGAGCUGGCUCGAGGAGCAAGCUCAACGAGCGACAACAAAGCCUUGCAGAUCCCACCAAGCGUACAUGCAGAGCCUCAUCCGCUCGACAACGCUUCUGUGGACGGCGACGAGAUGUGGAGGAGCGGCAGCAAGCCCACGGCCGACAAACUAUCACGAAGCUCUUCCACGGAGCUUCCACGGUCGACGAGCUUCACUGGCUCGAGUCCUGGACGCCCGCUUCCCACUCCACCACAAAGGGGCGGUCUUGAUGCACCGCCCAUCAGUGCGCACGACCACAUGCUUGGCUCGAGUCCUGGGUUGGAAGCUUCGGGUGGACCGGGAGCUGCACCCGCAUCUUUUUGGGGUGCAUCUGCUCCGACGGAUGAGCCGGGAGACUCGGGUGCGACGUCGACACUGCCGUCUGUACCCAUGGACCGACUUCCCACGACCGGCAGCGGUGGGCUCAGCGGCAGCCAUCCAGCAAUCGAACGCAUCGAUCCACCGCGCUCGCCCACCGCACCGAGCCUGCCAACGACGCCUGGCGCACACCUGGGCGGCGGUGCUUUCCCUUCUGCUCCGCCUGCUCCGCCCUCGUUCGCGGCACAGCCGCAGCCGACCGCGCCGCGCCCGAUAAUCCCGACCGCCCUCGUACCGCCUCAACCAGUCGCUCCGCCUCCACCAGUCGCACCGCCAACGGUCUUCCCCGAAUCGCUCGACGCAAAGCUCUCAUCACGCGUUCAGAAGCUCGCCAAAGGAGCAGCGAGCGCCGUCGAUUUUGAGGAUCUCGAAACGGCCAGGAUUCAGCUCAGACAGGCGCUGGACAUUCUCGAAGGCAGGACGACCAAGUAG